CGUGUCGUAUUAACAAAACAAUAUAUUGAAUGACCAUCAGUGUUCAUACGCUGGUUAACAUUAAGAAAAAUGGCAAGCAAAAAGAUUGUUGGAUUUGUUAGAACUCCUACUAAAGUAUACAAUUUCGCAAGUAUAUUAACCAGAAAUAUACACGAUGUAAUUGACGAUUCUGCUAAGAAAGUAACCCAUACUGAUCAGAAAUUUGAUGAAGAUGAUUAUCGUAACGUAAGGUUUAUAAAUAGACCAAAAGAAGUUAAUGACAAUUGGGCUAUUAAACUGAUAGCAGAAGUCCCACCAGAACCCACAAAAUCUAGGAUUGUAGCUUGCAAUGGUGGUGGUGGACCUCUGGGACAUCCAAAAGUUUACAUUAAUUUAGACAAACCUGGUGACCAUAGUUGUGGAUAUUGUGGAUUGCGCUUUUACAAAGAAGAUCACCACUAAAUAAUGUAUUCCACAUAGUACAAGUGAUAGCAAUAAAAUGUGAAUCUUGUAAAUAUGUUAAAAAAUAUUUAUUAUAAUCAAUGUUAAAAAUAUAAUAUAAGAUGUAUUCAUUGUGAGACUUUUUAAUUGCAAUUUAAUGGUAAUCUUUAUUGAAUAAAACCUUGAAACUUUUGUGAUCACAUUUAAA